AAAGCGAGUAGAAUGUAGUAAGACGCGCCUAAUAUAGCGCGUGGGAGAAAUCCGUAACCAUCUUCAACGAGCUUUUAAGAUCCAUUUGAGUCAGUGAAAGUGGUGGAAGUGAGAGGAAAGCGUCCUUCUUACGUUUUGUUUAGCUUCAACAGAGAAAAAACAAAAGGGAAACACUCUUUUGAAAGCAAUCAUCUUAUUUUCUAUUUCAACGACACUUUCAACCAACACCUUGUUGUUGUUUCUCUCUUCUCUUUAGAUCUCUUUCUUAUUAGUCUUAUCCUUUGGGUUUUGAUUAGAUAUCUUCCGUUUGGUUUCAACACUUACUUUUCUUUCUGAUCUGGGUUUUCAGUUUAAGUUGUUUGGUUGCAGGAACUGUUGAGUAGAUCAGUUGAUACCCAUUAGAAAAGAUAAUAAACCCUUUUUAUAGGUUUCUGUGUGGUUUUGUCUCUCUCUCUGAGAAAUGGGUUCACAGAGCUCGGAUAAUGCAGAUAACUGAAGUAGAUUGAAAAGAAACAACCUUUUCACUUUCAGGGGUUUUUGUCUAGUUUUCUUUAGGCUUUUGGUUUGGUAGAGAAUUGAAUUAAGAGUUAUGAGAAGAGGUAGAGGGAAAGGCAAGAGGCAGAAUCGUGGAAGCGGUGAGGAAGAAGAAAAGAUUCCAGCUUACAGGAGAAGAGGGAGGCCACAGAAGCCGUUGAAAGAUGAAACCGAAGAAGAAGAGUUUGUGGAGAAGGAUGAUGAUACAAAUGGUUCAGUAACAAGUAAAGAAGAUAUGACAGAGAAUGGGAAGAAGAGGAAGAAACCAUUAGAAGAGUCUAAAGAGAGCAAUGUAACAGAAGAAGAGAAUGCGUUAGGGUCAAAAUCAAGCACUGAUGAUUCAGUUAAGUCAUCAUUGUCUAUGGGGUUUAGGCAGAUUGGGAGUAGAAGGAAGAACAAACCAAGACGAGCUGCUGAAGCUGUUGUUGAAUGUAAUGGUGUUUGAAAAAAAAAAAAAGGUUCUUAAAAACGCUUUUUGAAACCGCUCAUUUUGUUUUGUUUUUGUUGAUUUGAAUCAUUUUUGUCGUUAUGACCUGAGUUUGAUGCGGUUGCGUUUUGGUUUCAUACAUGGAAUCAAUUUUUCUGAACUGUGCACUUUGUCUGAGUUUUCAUGUCGUUUUGAAAGAGAGUAUAUAGCCUACAAUACUUUUAAUGGCUACUAGAUCAUAACCCACCCGAUUAGACGGGUCUUUAUUUUUAUGGUAUAUAAAUAUUCUAAAAACUACAAUCUUACGAUUUCAAUUUUACUAAGUAAUAGUAUAUUGUUUAAACAUUGUAUUUCAUCAUUGUAUUGUGUAACAUAAAUUCGGUAAAAUAUUGUGACCGUAAAUAUUUAGUAAUAUUUUAUAAAGUUUUGUUUUGA